AUGGGUGGUAUUAAAAAAUUCAAAAAAGGAGAAAAGGGUGAAAAUUUAAAGUUUAUCACUAGAAAUGAAGCAGUUAAGAAAUUACAAAUCUCUUUAAAAAUUUUUAGAAAAUUAUGUAUUCUUAAAGGUAUUCACCCAAGAGAUCCAAAAAAGAAAUUUAAAGGAAAACAUAAGACAUAUUAUUAUUCAAAAGAUAUUAAGUAUUUACAAAAUGAAAAAGUUUUGGAGAUUAUUAGAGCAAGAAAAGUAUUUAAAGAUAGAGAAAAGAAAUUAAUUAAUAAGAAACAAUUUGGAGCAUUAAAGAAUUUGAAGGAGAAUAGACCAAUGAUUACAUUGGAUCAUAUUAUUAAAGAGCGUUAUCCAACCUUCCAAGAUGCAUUAAAGGAUUUAGAUGAUUGUUUAUCAUUGAUUCAUUUAUUCGCCAACAUGGAUGCAUCAGCAAAAGUUCGUGAAAAUCAAAUUUUAGCAUGUGAAAGAUUAGCACGUGAAUUCCAAUAUUACAUCAUUCAAAGUAAAUCAUUAAGAAAAGUGUUUGUCUCUGUCAAGGGUGUCUAUUACCAAGCCGAUGUUAUGGGUGAAACCAUCACUUGGAUUACACCACUCAACUAUCUCUCAAAGAAAGAGAAAGAAGUAGAUUAUGGUGUAAUGAUUAGCUUUUUAGAAUUUUAUCAAGCCCUUAUGAAAUUUGUAAACUAUCGUCUUUUCACUUCAAUCGGUUUAACUUAUCCACCAACAAUUGAUGAUGCAAAAUUAAGAAAAUGUGAUUCAUUAAUUAAUAUUUUCGAAUCAAAACCACAACAACAAACUAAAACCAACAACACAACUAAGAAAUCUAAAUCUACUACUGCUGCCGCUGCUGCCACCACACCAGUUGAUCCAAAAUUAAAGAAAUUAGAGGAGAAAAUCUCAAAAAUCAAUUCAAAAGAAGAAAAAGAAAUUAAAGAACAAAUCGUUGAAGAGGAUACAAAUAUGUUACAAGUUAAUUCAAGUGGUAUUUCAAAGGAUUUCGAAGAUUUGGUUGGUAAUGAAUCUGAUAAUAUUCCAAAGAUUAUGGAUGUUACAACAUUGUUUAAAGGUUUCCAUUUCUAUAUUUCUCGUGAAGUACCACGUCAUAUGUUAGAGUUUGUAAUUCUUUCAUUUGGUGGUAGAGUUUCUUUCCCAGGUAGUGGUGAUAAAGUUAAAGAGGUUAAUCAAUCAAUCACUCAUCAAAUCGUCGAUAGAUCAAAUUCCGUAAAAGUUCACAACACUAGAGAAUACAUUCAACCACAAUGGGUUUUCGAUUCAGUCAAUAGUAAACUCCUCCUUCCAUACUCUGAAUAUACCAUUGGUGUUAUCCCACCUGCUCAUCUUUCACCAUUUGUAGAGUAUGAAGAAGACUCUUACAUUCCAGCUCGUAAACAAGCUCUCGAUGCUUUAAUCAAUUCAAAAGAAUUUGCUGAUGCCAAAAUCAAUACCAACGCUGAACAAGAUGAUGAUAAUGAUAAUGAUAAUGAUAAUCGUAAACAAGUUGACUCUGAUGGUGAAUCUGAUGAUGAAGAUGAUGAAGAUCUUGAACAUCUUGAAACUCGUUACACUGAAGAACUUAGAAAAGAACAAAGUAAAAAGAGAAAAUCUUCAGAAGUUGAUGAUGAUGAUGAAGAAGAGGAAGAUGGUGAAGAAGAUGGCGAAGAAGAAGAAGAAGAAGAAGAUGGUGAAGAAGAAUCAGAAUCAGAAUCAGAAUCAGAACAAGUUGCUAAACCAGUUCUCACAAAGAAACAAAGAGAUGAAUUAAAUAAACAAAAACAAGCUGAAGAAGAUACUAAAUUAGCUGAGUUAAUGAUUAGAAAGAAAGAUAAAUGGAUUUAUAAUAAAGUUAAAGAAACUAAUCAACAAAGAGCUACUGCUAAUCAAACACUUUUAGAAAAGAGAAAUAAAGUUGAAUCUGGUAAAGAUGUAAAUGGUAAUGUUAAAGUUGCACCACAACCAAAGAAACCAGCUCCAUUAGUUAAAAAAUCACAACAAAAACAACAACAAGCUUCAAAAAAACAAAAAAAAUAA